AUGGAGAUCGAUUUGAUGGUGCUGGUGCCACUGGUGGCCAUCCUCGCCACCAUCUACUACUACAUCACGAAGGAUAACAAAUAUUUUCAUGAUAAGCCGAUACCUUCCAUGGCCACAGAACCACUGUUUGGGAGCACCCGUCGGUUGGUGAUGAAGCAGACUUCGUUCCAUGAUUUCAUUAUCGAAAUCUACAACAAGUACCCGCUGGUUAAAGUUUUUGGCAUGCUGGACACAAUGCAACGUGUGUUUGUUGUACGGGACCCAGAACUUAUCAAACGAAUUGGAGUUAAGGAUUUCGACUAUUUCGCGAACCAUCGGCCAGCGUUCGGUAACAACGAAAACUCACACAACACGGCACUGUUCAGCAAGACACUGGUUGCGCUCAACGAUCAAAAGUGGCGCGAUAUGAGGGCCACACUAAGUCCCGCCUUUACCGGUAGCAAGAUGCGUCAGAUGUUCGAACUGAUCGUCGAGUGUAGCACCAACAUGGUGAAGUAUUAUAAGGAAGAGAUCCACAAGAGUGGCGUCAAGUCACGGGAGCACGAAAUGAAGGAUGUGUUUACGCGUUUUGCCAAUGAUGUUAUUGCGACCUGUGCAUUCGGCAUCAAGGUGGACUCGCUCAAGAACGCCGACAACGAUUUCUACGUUAAUGGCAAAAAGAUGUUGGCAUUCAACCGACCGUAUGCGAUGAUAAAAUUAAUUGGACUACGCCUUGUGCCGAAGUUGAUGAACUGGCUCGAUUUGGAUCUGUUCGAUCGGGAACAACGCAACUACUUUACCGAGAUCAUCCGGGACACUUUAAAGACUCGGGAAGCACACGCUAUCGUACGUCCGGAUAUGGUGAACUUGCUGAUGCAGGCACGCAAGGGGGCACUCAAACAGCAACGAGAGGUAGAAGAACGUAACGAAGUAAAAGGUUUCGCGACUGUGGAAGAGGCAGAUAUGGAGCAGACCAGCAAGAGCCUUCAGAUGACUGAGCUGGAAAUGGUUGUACAGUGUUUGAUCUUCUUCCUGGCUGGGUUUGACACCGUCUCCACAUGUCUGACGUUCCUUGCAUACGAACUCAGUAUCAACAAGGACGUACAGGACAAGCUGUAUGAAGAGAUCCGUGCUACGAGCAAGUCGCUGGAUGGAAAGUCUCUCACAUACGACGCACUCCAGGGUAUGCAGUACAUGGACAUGGUAGUGUCAGAGGCCCUGCGUAUGUGGAGCCCGGCACCUUCUACCGACCGGUUGUGUGUACGUGAUUACGUAGUGGAUGAUGGUGAUCGGCUCAAGUUUACCAUCGACAAGGGCACGGCGAUAUUCAUCCCGAUCGCAGGUCUUCAUCAUGAUCCUCAGUACUAUCCGAACCCGAGCAAGUUCGAUCCGGAGCGCUUCAGUGAGGAAAACCGUGACAAGAUCGAUCCAAACGCCUAUCUUCCGUUCGGCAUUGGACCUCGCAACUGCAUUGGCUCCCGCUUCGCACUGAUGGAAGUCAAAGCCAUCAUCUACUACAUGCUGCAGGAAUUCUCGUUCGAACCAACGCCAAACACACAGAUACCGCUACGUUUGGAAAAAGGUUUGGCAAACAUUUGCGGAAUGCAUAGUGAGAAGGGUGUGUUUCUUGAGUUCCGACCGAGAAACAACGAUAUUGGAGUUAGUAUUUAA